CUCAUGAGAACAAACAAACGCUGCCGCCGGUAAAUGGAAGGCUGCUGAGAGAAACAGAACCCUACAGGCUAAUCAUCUUUUUAGCCGUUUUCCUUGUAGCUUAUGCUCGCAUCAGGAAUUUCUUCCUGUGUAAUCACGAUGGCUAAGAGGUUCACAACACAGCUCUUUGUCAGCAGACUCUCUGGUUACACCACAGAUCAAUCGCUAAGGCAGCUGUUUUCACCCUUUGGUCAGAUUAGAGAAGCUCGUCUUAUUAAGGAUUCGCAAACACAGAGACCUAAAGGAUUCGGCUUUGUCACUUUUGAGUCCGAGGUUGAUGCGCAAAAGGCGAUGAAGGCUUUGGAUGGCAAGAUUGUUGAUGGCAGAUUGAUAUUCGUGGAGGCUGCGAAAGAAGAAGCACCAACAACAGAUGUGAACACAGUAACCAAAGUUUGAAGAGAACACACAGGCUCAUUACAAAACGAGUUAAGACUCUUCCACCAAAAUCAUUUUACACUGUUGCAUUUAGAAAGAGUGGAAGUAGUUUCUUGAGUUACGGUUCGUUUCAGUUUUAAAAUCUACAAUCAUUUCUCAUGUAAACCUCGUUUAGUUUGAAGCAUAUUUAACUCUGAUGUAUCUGCUUUCGAGUAACUAGACAAAAUCAAAGUCAGCACUUGUGUAUGUGAUUAUGCAAGUAGUAAAACGUUUUGUUUGAAUGUCUUUUCUUUUAA